GUGCUUUUAAAAUACGAUGGUGUUUUACGAAAUUGGAGGAAAAUUUUGGUAUGCAAUCUUUUAGAUUCUUUCGGCUUGACUGCUGGUUAUGUGGAACCCUUGCUUGAACUGAACAGUAUAACUGCGCUGUUGGAUGUCCUAGUCGGUCUGGCCGUCGCUGCUGUGUCGGCACCAGGUCAACAAUACGUUCGACCCCGUAUCUUGCCACGGUCAGCCGGACGAAUAGUAUUCAAACAGGCUAGACAUCCGUGCCUGGAGAUGCAAGAAUCUGUCUCUGUUAUAGCCAACGAUGUUCAUUUAGAGCGAGUGAUAACCGGUCCCAAUAUGGGAGGCAAGUCCACUUACAUUCGCAGUGUGAUUGCUGCCAUGGCUCAAAUUGGUAGCUUUGUUCCAUGCGAUUUUGCGGAACUGAUCCCUUUAGAUGCAAUCAUGGCGCGUGUUGGGGCUGCUGACUGUCAAAUGCGUGGUGUGUCGACAUUUCUAGCAGAGAUGUUGGAAACGUCAAGCGUAUUACGGGCAGCGACCGAAAAUUCAUUGGUUAUUAUUGAUGAACUGGGUCGUGGUACGUCCACGUAUGACGGUUUCGGACUGGCAUGGGCUGUGGCCUCACAUCUGGCCGGACCGGAGAUAGGCUGCUUCAGUUUGUUCGCCNACGAGUCUAGCUCAGCACAUGCCGGUGUUGGUCAAUCAACGGAUAACACCACGGACGCUCCAAAUGUUGUCAUGCUGUACAAGGUAGAACCAGGUAUGAUCGAUUUAUCCAUUACUCCUUUUUUGUUUUUAACUGUCGUCUGA